AUGAUUGUCUUGUUGUUUGCAAUGGUCUGUGGUGUCUAUAUUUGCUCAAUUUGUUUAAAGCAAGUCAGCACCCGCACCAACGUUGCUGGGUUUUUAAAUGUCCCGGUGAUUCAAAAGCCAUGCCCACGACCUGAUGUUGAGCCUGAGGAAGUUCCUUAUGUGCACUACCCAAAGCCCAUAACUUAUAGCCGGGCUGAAUGUGCAUGCAAUCCUGUGCGAUAUUUCGCAAUUUUGUCGAUGCAGAGGUCUGGGAGUGGGUGGUUUGAGACGCUAUUGAAUAAUCAUACUAACAUAAGCUCAAAUGGGGAGAUUUUUUCUGUUAAAGUUAGGAGAAGUAAUGCCUCAACAAUUGUUGAGACUUUGGACAGACUUUAUAAUCUAGAUUGGUUCAGUAGUGCCUCAAAGAAUGAGUGCACAGCUGCAGUUGGCUUAAAGUGGAUGCUUAAUCAGGGCUUGAUGCAGCACCAUGAAGAAAUAGUGGAUUACUUCAAAACUCGAGGUGUUGCUGCUAUCUUUCUCUUUCGAAGAAAUCUGUUGCGCAGGAUGAUCUCUGUGCUUGCAAAUUCUUAUGAUCGAGAUGCUAAGCCGCUGAACGGGACCCAUAAGUCUCACGUGCAUUCUCCUCAUGAGGCAGAGAUACUUGCAAAAUACAAGCCUACAAUCAAUGCAACUUUACUGAUACCUAACCUGAAGCAAGUAGAGGAUACAACUACGAAAGCUUUGGAGUAUUUCAAGAGCACCCGGCAUAUUAUCCUAUACUAUGAGGAUAUUGUUAAAAACCGAACUAAAUUGCUAGAUGUUCAAGAUUUUCUUAAGGUUCCACAAAGGGAUUUAAAGAGUCGUCAGGUGAAGAUACACAAAGGCACCUUGUCUAAUCAGAUUGAGAAUUGGGGUGAUGUUGAAAAGACACUUACAGGAACACAGUAUGAAAACUUCCUCCAUGCAGAUUAUCAACGAAGGUAA